ACUGUCUCUGAGUCUGAAGCUAAAUGGUUCUUUACAUCAGAGCCGUGGACAGUUACCCACCAGAAAAGCUUGACGUGUUCCUCAAGAAAAUGCCCAAAGAAUUAUAAUGCACUCUCAAGAAUCAAGGUCACACAAAGCAACUGAGUGCAUGAGGUCACGAUCUCCUGUUUCGACUGGCGGCGAGUGACAGACGACACCGCUUGCAUGGCAGAUGAGGAAGUCUUGUCAGCUUUCCCUUGUGACGCUGCAGCCUCCCACGCAGCAGCCAGCAGCAGAACAUAAAGCGCUUCUACCUGAGCCGCAGAUCACCUGUGAGAGGGAGAAGAAACACACCUGUUGUUUACGUCGGUUGUCUACAAUCAGCGAACAGGAUGGCGUACAGAGGCAGCGUGAGACCUUUCGUUAACUUCGACGCCAAACACGACGCUGAAGUUCUCCAUAAAGCCAUGAAGGGAAUCGGUACGGAUGAAGAUGUGGUCCUCAUGCUUCUGGCUGCACGCAGCAACGACCAACGCCAGCAAAUUAAGCCGGCGUACAAAACGGCCUACGGAAAGGACUUGGUCAGCGCUCUGAAAUCGGAGCUCGGUGGGCUGUUAGAGAGUCUGAUUUUGGCCUUGUUGACCCCACCUUCCUCAUACGAUGCUUCCCAACUGCACAAGGCUCUCAAGGGCGCCGGGACUGAUGACGACGCGCUGAUUGAGAUCCUGGCCUCCAGGACGGGCGAACAGAUUCUAGAUAUCGUCAAAGCGUACAAGAAAGAGUUCAACGGAGAGCUGGAGAAAGAUAUAUGCGGUGACACCUCAGGGCACUAUCAGAAGCUACUGGUGAUCCUCCUGCAGGGGAGCAGGGAGGAGGGUGUAGACGAGGAGAAGAUCGAGAAUGACGCUAAGGUCCUGUAUGAUGCGGGUGAGGGCAAGUUUGGCACAGAUGAGGAAAAAUUCAUCACCAUUCUUGGCAACAGGAGCGCAGAACAUCUCCGAAAAGUGUUUGACGCCUACGAGGAGCUCUGUGGCUCUGAUAUAGAGGACAGCAUUGAAGGAGAGACCACUGGGAAUUUGGAGAACUUACUGGUAGCUGUCGUGAAAUGUGCCAGGAGCGUGCCAGAGUUUUUUGCUGAAGGCCUGUAUAGAUCUAUGAGGCGUGCCGGAACUGAUGACUACACCCUGAUGAGGAUGAUGGUGUCGAGGAGUGAGGAGGACAUGUUGGACAUCAGAGCCAGCUUCAAAAAGAAGUACGGAGCGUCUCUUUACACCACGAUCCAGGAGGACACAGCCGGGGAUUACCAGAAGGCUUUACUGUACCUCUGUGGUGGGAACGAUUAAUGCUGUAUCAUGAUGUGUUUAGCAGCACUGAAUGAUGAGCUGCCUCAUCCCCAGAUAUGAGAUGAGGGUAUUGAUCUGGAGUUGUUGAUUCUUUCUGAUUUUAUCUUGCUAUUGAUUGAAUUAGUGUGAAUAUCCCAUUUGUCAUUUUUGACUCAUGACAAUGAGUCACUAUGUCCAGCAGUUGCAUUGACCUACAAUAUGUUUAGUUUUAGUUUUAACAGCUCAAUAAUGAAUACAGGUUUGGAUUUCAAUGUAGACAAUAAAGCUAUGUUUGAAAUAUUGAAAUACUUUCUUUAUUUUUAAACACACACUAUACUGUUUCUAGUCAAAUGUACACACAAUGUUAGACGUUGAUGUUAGUGCUCACAGCAUGUGCUAAAUGCAACUUUCAAAAUACAAUACUGCUGCUGAAUUAUUAAACACUACAUUUCCACAGCUCUCCCGCUUUCAUUACAAAUGAGCUGCUGAUCCGGACUUGAAUUACAAUGCUGCUGUCAGUGG